AGGGUUGCUCUAUUUUUGAACAGUUGGUCUUUGUUGAAACAAAAGACAUUCAAGGUUUUAAACAUGGGGAAGAAGCACAAAAAGCACAAAAGUAAAAAGCACUUUGAAGAAGACCCCGUCGAAGAAGAAGUUGUUAAAGAAGAAAGGCUGAGGCUAGUGCUAAAGGUUCAGAAGGAAGAAACGACUAUUGAUGAGUCGCCUGUGAGCUCUGAUGAACAUAGAAGAGAGAAACACAAGAAGAAGAAAAAGAAAGAAAAAAAGCACAAACAUAAACAUGAUGAGGGUAAAAGAAGUAAGAAAAGAGAACGAGCAAGGGAAGAUGAAGAAAGCGAGCCACCAAUAAAGAAACUCCACAUAAAAGUGCCAGAAAUGCCAAGAGAACCUUCUCCUCCCCCUGUUGACGCUAAUGGCGAAAAACGGCUGACUCCUUUACAGCUUUGUUUGGAAAAUCUACACCGGACCUUACAAAGGAAAGAUAUAUAUGGCAUAUUUGCGUUCCCUGUCACAGAUGCAAUUGCACCAAACUACUCACAGGUUGUCACAAAUCCCAUGGAUUUCAGCACAAUGCUAUAUAAAAUUGAGAAUCUACAAUACACUUCAUUGGAAGCUCUUAGGGACGAUUUUAUUCUCAUGUGCAAAAAUGCAAUGCUUUACAAUGCUCCGGAUACGAUCUACUACAAAUCGGCCGAGAAAUUGCUGAAUUUAGGCACCAGAGCCCUCAGUGAGGACAAACUAAGAAAAAUGAAGAGGUCGAUCGGAAUUAUAGUCGAUGAUAUUGGUAUUGACGAUGUUGAUGUUGAUGUCGAUAUUUUGGACGAUGAGGAGUUCAGUAUUAGCAUGAGGAAAAUUGCAGAGAAAAGGAUGCCAGAGCAUCAAAGAAUAGCAGAACAGGUGUUAAAUGCGUCGAGAAAAGCAGCUGAAGACUUGAACAAGAAAUACAAUAACAGCAAGAUUGGAUUUCUGCGCAAAAACCCGGAGGGAAAUACCUCUUUAGCAAUCCUUAAUCCAGAUUUGUCAGGCCCAAAUUCAGUCGAUGUAAACCUUGGUAAACUCGCUGGAAAACUCACAUCUGGUGGAUCGAUGUUGAGUUCCGUGAAAGAUGACAAAAGGAACAAGGUUAUCCCAGUUGCGUAUCUUUCUUAUGGCCCGUAUGGCUCUUUUGGUCCUACAUAUGACUCGUCAUUAGCAAACAUCACCAAAGAAGAGUCAGACGUGCUGACGGAUACGUAUGGAAGUGAGCUUGGCGUACAUUAUGCAAAAAGUUUGCAGUCAUUCGUAAAAGGUUCUGGUGUGUUUGCUCAAAAUUUGGUCGACCGUUUUCUGGAUGCAUUAACCGAGGGAAGCCACUCAAAAUGGCUGCGACGCCAAGAACAGAAAGAAAAACAAAAAAUUCAGGAAAGUCUUGCAAAGCAGCUCGCUGAAAAUCGGAAGCCAAAUCAGCAAGAGGUCGUUGGAAAUAAUGAGAGCAAGAAUACACCAGAUGCCUUGAGUGACAAAGAAACUGACGCCAGCAAAAUUGACAUAGCUUCCUUGAUGACUUUGAGUAAGGAUGGCAUUGAUGUUUCAUUCCUAAAGAAUAUCGUUGCUCCUCCAGAAAAGAGUGAAACAUUAGUUGAAAGGACUCACUUACAAACAAAGCUAGACGAAAAUGCAAAAUUUCUUCACAAUUUGAAAAGUGCUCAAGACAACCGUCUGUUGAAACAAGCGAACGACGCGAAAGUCCCGUCAGAACAAGAACUGAAUAUUGCGGAAGCUUUGACUGGCAAUAUAAGAGAAAUCUUAGAAAAGGUUCGCCCUGGUGAUGUUGCUGCGCAGGAGAGUGUCAGAGCAGCUCUUGGGAUAGGAACAACAGCAGGAAAAGACACAAAUGCUAACGCAGAAGCUAUUUCCUUGAAAGAGUCAAUUGGGAAGGCGGAUGAUGUGAUGUCAUAAGAUCUGGCAGUCAGCAGAUAAACUGAUAUGCUCUUGAAGUUCGGGACGAACAUUAUCUAGUCAGUGGGUGUUCAAAAAGUUUUAAGGGCCUAAUUGAAUGCUCGCCAAGGAGUUAAAAAUGAAUAGAGAAGUUUAUGAACUGCCUGGUGUUAGAUACUAAAUGCGAAACUGCGUUUUAGUAUGUUUUGUGCAAAGCAGGAAAGUUACAGUUUAAUUUAAACUUCAAUGACUGAUGAAAAGUAUCCAGUAAUGUACAGUGUUAUCGAAGCCGUUGAUAAUGCUUUUCGUUUUGUUUGUUUCGUAAGAGUCAGCUAAUUAUUGUUUAUAUGCUGUAUAAAUCUCUAUUUGAGCAAUUUCUUUAAAGCAAUUCCAUAUCAAAGAAGUUGACUUUAUAAAAACAAUUUGUGUAA